CUAAAGACGACUUUGGAGAUGCUCAAACUUGUGUGUAUUGGGGUGCUGUACCUCAGCCUGGGAUACCAUGCAGAAGGGAACUGGUGCUAUGAACGCGAGGAAUGCGAACCCAAUACAUGGCCGCAGAAUUACCCUACGUGUGGAAAUUCUUCCCAGUCACCCAUCAAUAUCAUAAACUCAGAAGUCCAACUCGAUAAUAAAUUGCAACGUAUUCACAUUUUCGGGUGGUCACUGCCUUCCACAGGUGUUGUAACUAACAACGGACACACAGUUGAGGUGGUCUUGAGUUCAGAUUACUUUUUGGCCGGUGCUGGACUUCCUAAUAUCUAUAAGUUUUCUGGGUUUCACCUCCAUUUCGGCAGUCUGCUUGCUGGAGAAGGGUCAGAGCAUCAAAUUGAUGGCCAAGCCUACCCACUGGAGGUGCAUUUUGUGUUCUACAAUACGAAAUAUGUGGAUCUAGCAACAGCGAAAACCAAACCAGAUGGUCUGGCUGUAGUUGGAGUACUAUUUGAAAUUGGUGAAAGACAUGGAGAACUUCAAAAUGUAGUCAAUGUCCUCUCUGAUGUCGCUUACCAAGGACAGUCAGCAACAAUUUCCAUCAGAUUAUCAAAACUGCUUCUUCAUACUGAGAACUUUUAUAAGUACCAGGGGUCCCUCACUACUCCACCAUGCUCAGAGAAUGUCGCCUGGCAUGUGAUAAGGAUACCACAGCAGCUUAGCAGUGAACAGUAUGAAGCUAUUGUUUCUUCGCUCUACUUCACAUCAAGUACCGCUGUAGAAAAAAUCCCAAUGGUGAACAACUUCAGGCCUGUCCAGCCAUUGAACGGAAGGAUAGUGUAUAGAAAAUAGUAAAAAGAUGUAUUUUUUUGGUAUCAUGCUUUAAAUAAAAUCAACAACAACA